GUGCUUCCUUACAAGGAACCGGGGGAAGUACAUCCGUCUCACAUGUAACCGAAGUGACCUCAGGUUUCAAUGCGUGCUCUUUGAAUCUAAAUCAUUGUGAAGCUGUAAAACACUGUUGUGGUCUUUUCACAAUUAUAAUUUAAAGCUUAUAGUUGAAAUUGACUUACGUCAUAUUUUAAAUGGCUGCCAUCCAGGAGCUCUCUCCAGACUCUGGCCGUGUGGAAACACGACCGCCCGAAGACGAGAUCGAGGGAGAUGAUGAAGAUGAAGAGCUGGAUGAAACAUUGUUGGAGAGGUUGUGGGGUCUCACAGAGAUGUUUCCAGAAUCACUGCGAACAACAGCUGAAGUUUCUGCACAGUGUUCGCUAUCUGUAGCCAAAAAACUUUACAGUUUCUCCCGCUCAGCUCUAUGGGUCGGUACCACUUCCUUUAUGAUUCUGGUUCUGCCGGUUGUCUUUGAAACUGAGAGGUUACAGCUUGAACAACAACAAUUACAACAGCAGAGACAGAUUUUGUUGGGUCCAAAUGCUGGCAUGUCUGGAGGAAUGUCUGGAAUGAUGCCUCCUGCUCCUGGAAAGCUGUGAUGUAUAUAAUGUAACAUCCAUGAGUUGUAGAAGAAGAAGAAGGGGAAAGAGAGAGGGAGCAAGAAUUGGAGAAAAGAUGCUGUGGCUGGUCAACAUCAAGAAGUCAUUACCCUGUAUAGAUUCUGUACAUUGGAAAUCUUGAUGACUUUUUAUGAACUUCCCUCUCUCUCUGCCUUUCUCACAAAAACAUUCUGCAUAGACUAACGUCCAAGCUCUGACCUUUUACUUUUUUUUUUUUUUAUUAUUAUAGCUAUCUAUCUAAUAACAUGUCUUUCAGAGAGAGACUAUAGCAUCUGUUGGGAAUAUUUUGACUGUGUUGUAGGUGCAUUAUAUUUCUAAGAGAGUGUUUACGGUGCAAUGUUGGCCAUUGUAAUGCCGGAUUAACACUGAGGUUGUAGAGAAUCUAUAACAGCAUUUAAAAGAUCUGUAAUAUUUAUCAGCCAAUGUUGAUUUUGAAACUUUCUCUGUCUACAAAUUACGGUUGUUUCUUGUUUUUUGAUUCAGAAAUGUUAAAACGUUUAGAAAUGGUUCUCUACCAACAGUGUCUUUUACAGGUAGAACUAAUAUCAUGCAAAGCUUCUGCAGUGUUAUUCCACAGAAAAAAGCCAUACAGUGUGCAGAAUCAUUGUGAAAUAUUAGAGAAAUAAUGUUUCAAAGCAUGGUACUUUCAAUAGUGAGUAAUCCUGUUUGCUCUACAUGAUGGGAAUAAAAAGUCCUCCUCUGUC